UCUGCGCUUUGGUUCACUUCCUGUUUGAAGCUCGAACGUCGAGUAGUACGAAAGGUAUGUUUGCUGGGAAAUAAAGAAUACUGCUGGGCAUAGAAGAAUAAAAAGAACUCCCAAGAUGAGCUGGUUCAAGAUUGGACAACCAAAAAAGCAGAUUGUCUCUAAAACUGUUGAAAGAGAUUUUGAACGAGAGUAUGAUAAGCUACAAAAGCUGGAGGACCAGACAAAAAAGCUCCACAAAGACAUGAAGAAAAGCACAGAAGCCGAUUUAGCCAUGUCCAAAGCUGCUGUGAAGAUCUCUGUGGAUCUGCUGAGUAACCCGCUGUGUGAACAGGACCAGGCAUUCCUGGAGGCCAUGAGUGCUUUGGAUACAGCCAUGAAAAGAAUGGAUUCCUUUAACCAGGAGAAGGUCACCCAAAUUCAGAAGACUGUUAUUGAGCCUCUGAAAAAGUACAGCGGCGUCUUCCCCAGCCUCAACAUGGCGGUGAAACGUCGGGAGCAGGCCCUGCAGGACUACAAGCGUUUGCAAUCUAAAGUGGAGAAAUAUGAAGAGAAGGACAAAACCGGGCCCGUCAUGGUGAAGCUGCAUCAGGCAAAAGAAGAGCUCCGACCAGUCAAGGAAGACUUUGAGGCGAAGAACAAGCAGCUGCUGGACGAGAUGCCCAAGUUCUACCAGAGCCGGAUCGACUACUUCCAGCCAAGCUUUGAGGCUCUUAUCCGGGCGCAGGUGGUCUAUUUCACUGAAAUGUACAAGAUCUUCAAUGAUUUAACGGACCAGAUCGACCAGGCAGGCAUGACCGACGACCAGAGGCAGAAGGAGACGGAGGCCAAGCUCAGCGAGUUGCGGGCUCUGUCCAUUGUUGCGGACGACUGAGGACGGAAGGCCGAAUGUUGGGAGGUGCUCUUGUCAUGCCUUUCUGAAUGGAUUCUGCUCUUUUCAAGCUCUCUGGGAUUCAGACCGACUGCAUUGGCCUUAACUUGAUUAUCAGUUUGUUUCCUCGUGGCCUCAUCUCCCCCCCCCCCCCCCCCUCUUUUUUUUUUUGCAUGACACCCUGUUUCUUUGUCUGUACAAAGACUCAAAGCAGCCCAGUGCCGUGAAAAACGGAUCCGUCAGCAAAGUGCAAAAUAAGCCAAGAAGUUGUUGUGUUUUUAUUUAAGUUAAGGAUUUCUGUCAAGUUGAGUUUUAUAUUAUAGGUGAGAGAAUUCAGGAUUGAAGUACAGAAAAGGUCUUGAUUACUUUGUUAGUGAGACUUACUAACUGGCUGACAAAGAAAUAAUUUAACACUGAAAUUAAUCAUUUUGUAAUAAACUGCAGGUUUAAAAAAAAAAAGGAAACACUAGCUCUUUAACUUGAUCUCAUGUUAUUCGUAGCUCUGUGCCAUGAGGAUAAAUAAUUUACACCGUUUAUCUGUUAUAACCACUGUUUAAUGUGUCCACAUUGUCCCUCCAAGGAAUAAAUCAUCUAUAAUAGAAUCAUAACUACCUUGGAAAGUGGACGGCUCAUCCUGGAAGGAUGGCAGACAUCUGCCCAGAUCUGAAAGGCUUGGGACCCCCUCUAGUGGUCACUACUGGCUACGACAUUUAGAUUCCCCCCCAAAUUUCACAUCCACUGUUCUUUUAUUGUUAGUAGUGGGUAGUUUUGUUUAUUAGCACAGGACCUCACACAAUAUUGGCUUUCUAGAGCGUCCUUUCUGUUCCUCAACACCAGGGAUUGAAGCCAGUGUUUGUUUUUGGCUUCUCUUAGUCUGGGACCAAAUCCUUCUGCCAUUGCACUCAUUUGUUCCACCCCUGAGUUGGUGAAUCGUGGUCAAGGUAGAAAGCACUACAUGAUAUACAUGAAGAUAUUCUAAUGUCAUUUUGUUUUUCUGUACGGUUUUACAACCAGUUAACUAUUAUUUAUUAUUCUUUUCUACAUUUUUGAAGAAACUGCUAAAUAUGUUGUCAUGCAGGGGGAAGUGUUUGAUAUAUAAAAAUGUUUUUUUUUUCUAAUUUUCUAUGACAAUCUUUAAUAUCAACGAUAAUCAUGAAAUAAUAAACGAGUACAAAA